UUUAGUUUCUUUUUUAAAGUAAACACCAAAUAAAUUAUUAACAUGGCUAAAAUUUUACUUCUAUUAUUAAUAACUGUUAAUUCUGUGAUAUCAAUGGAAAUUUUUCUUGCAAGAAUGAUGCUUAUGGUUGAUACAAAUCCAUUAACAAAUAAAAUUAUUCGAUUUGAAAAAAUUGGCAAUACUAUUGGAAAUAAUAAUAUUUCUAAUGAUACAACCUCAUCCAGAGAGAGUGAUCUUAUGCAAUCAUUGGGUAAUGAAUUACACAAAAAAUAUGUCUUUGGUGAAAAACUCAAAUUAAAAUGGAUUAAUGGCCUACGUCUUUACAACCAACAUGAUUUUUAUGGUCGAAUGAUUAUUAAAUAUGAAUCAAAUAAAUAUCCAGAAGUGAAUACUCCAUUUUCAGUUUGUAAAGAUCUGACAAGAAAGGAAGACGAUAAAAUGUCAUUAGCAAGGGAUAUAUUUUUCCAAGUUUUUAUCAAAAGACUGGAAAAAUUUUAUGAUUGCGUUGAAGCAGAGAAUACAGUUAAUGUGGGCGAUAAAUUUUAUUGGGAACUUUCAAAACUUGAUUUUACUCAUUGCAAUGUGAAUGCAACAAUACGUUUUGAAAUGAAUUCAAAAAUUGCUGCCGAUUGUGGUAUUGGUGGAUCAGGUGAAAUAAUUGAUUAUAAAACACUUCGAGUUUUGUUUAAUGUGAAAUUUGAUGAUUGUGAUGGAAAAAAAUGGGCACCAUUUAAAGGUUUUUCACGGAGUAUUCUUGCACAAGCAAAAUUAGGAGACUCACUUGAUGUGACACAAGAAAUAUCAAAAAAUCCAAUUAUUCUUUAAAAAAAAAAAAAUUUUUUGGCAAAAAAAAAAAAAAUGAAAAACUGGAACAAUAAUUCUAUGAAUAAUAUAUUUAUUUAACUUUAUAAGUGAAUAAAUUUGUAUUUAAUGUAAAUAAAUAAA